AUGAAAUUAAUUUGUUGUUGUACAACAACACUGCACGCUAAUGUAUCUAAAGGUGCUUUGGUCAUAAAUUUUGAUAAGAGCGAUGUUGAUAGUGAUAGCAAUAAUAGUGAUUUAGAUGGUGCAAAUUAUGAAAAAGAUUUGUUCAUGUACAGUGAUUUUACUUGCUCAGAAUCUGAGUCUAUUGUUGAUGAAAGUUCUGAUGAUGAAAGUUUCACUAAUAAAAUAACUUCAGCAAAUAAAUUUUUCAAUCAUGUACAUCGUUGGCGUAAAGUUUCUGUCCCAAAAGAAAUUGAUGCUUUUAAUGGUGAGCCUUUUCCAGAACCACCUUACCCAGAACUAACACCUUAUCAGUACUUUAAAAAACUUUUUAGUUCUGAAAUAUUUGAUCUAAUUGUAGAACAGACAAAUCUAUAUAGUGCAAAUUUGACUGGUACAUCGAUAGCAGUGACAAACAAUGAUAUCGAAAAAUAUGUUGACAUAUUAGUUUUGAUGUCAAUAAUUAAACUUCCACAUCAGAGGUUAUACUGGAGUAAUGAAACUCGUAUACCAAAUAUAGCAGACGUCAUGACUUCGAAGCAGUUUGAGAAAAUAAAACGCUAUUUGCAUUUUUCAGAUAAUAGUAAAUCGCUUCCCUCAAACCACCCUAAUUAUGACAAAUUAUUUAAAGUGCGACCGCUUAUUCAACUUAUUUUAAAAAACAUCAAAAAUAUUCCACAAGAAGAAAGUCAUUCGAUAGAUGAACAAAUUUUGCCAACAAAAGGAAGAUCUUUUCUGAGACAAUAUCUUCCUAAAAAACCCCAUAAAUGGGGUAUAAAAGUAUGGGCCAGAUGCGGUGUUUUCGGAAUUGUAUACGAUUUUGAGACUUAUUGUAGAAAAUAUUUGUUGAAUAAAGAUGAACUUCCAGGUUUAUUAAUGGGAGGCAAUGUGGUUUAUCGCUUGACACAAAGUUUGCCUAGUGGUGUUAACUACAAAAUCUUUUUUGAUAACUAUUUUUCAUCUAUCGAUAUUUUUCGGUUGCUCAAAGAGAAAAUUUUUUUGGCUGUAGCAACAAUCCGUAAAGAUCGUUUAAAGGAUGCUAGUAAAAAGUUACUUAAUGAAAAAGAUCUCAAAAAAGCUGGAAGAGGCUCCUCAGACUAUAUUGUUGAUGUUAAUUCAGGAAUUUGUAUUGUAAGAUGGUAUGAUAAUAAUAUUGUGCAACUCAUCUCAAAUUAUGUAGGAAAUGAACCAGGUACUCCUGCUAACAGGUGGUCAGAAAAAGAUAAAAAAUUUGUGACUAUUGAUCGACCCAAGAUAGUUGAAAUUUAUAAUGCUCAUAUGGGAGGAGUUGAUUUAUGUGAUAUGCUGCUAGAAACAUACACUGGUAAAACUUUAUUACUUGCAAAGCGUGGGCGCCCAUCACUUGCUGCAGAAAAUAAAGUAGCUGCAAAAAGACGCCCACCCAACAUUGAAAACCCUUCUAGAGAUAUAAGAUUUGAUAUGUGUAGCCAUUUCCCAGUAUUUCAAGAGAAACAAAGUCGGUGUAGGCAGUGUAAAAAUGGUUUUGCUUCUAUUCAAUGUAUGAAAUGCAAGAUAAGCUUAUGUCUUUUAAAAGGAAGAAACUGUUUUAAUGAGUUUCAUGGAGUUGACCAAUAA